AUGAUACAUUCAAAUCCGACCGGGCAAUACGAGAAAGACACGAAGAGAAUCCAAGAUUCUGGGUCACAGGAAAUUGAAGCAAUACACACGAGUUCGGAGCGAAGAAUCAUUAGUUUCAUUGAAGUUGGGGAGAGGCUUCGUUGCGCUGUUUCUUCCUCGAGAGGGAAAAAUGAUUUGGUGACCCAAAAAGCUAGGUGGCUUGUAGAUAUGAUCUCUAGGGUUUUGGUUCUUGCGGAGACGAGAUUUGGGUUUGCAUUGUAUGGAUUUGGGAUUUGA